AUGGUAAGCUCGUCGGAUUAAACUUGAUUAUAAAAAAUUAGCUUUUCUGGAUAUAAAUUUUCGUGUGUGUUUGGCAUGGUUUUCUGAACCGAAGACUGUUGAACUGGACUUUUUAACAAAUUUUGAUUAACUGAAAAUGUGAAUGGUGUGCGUCUUUCUUGACUAACUCGACGUUCUAGUCGACUUCCGGUGUUAUGGUCAACCCUGGCGUCCAGUCGACGUUCCAGAAGCUCAGCGAGGGCCGCAAAGAGUACAGAUACAUCAUCUUCAAGAUUGAGGUACUUCGAGGCACCGAUUUUUGAAAAAGUAGUUUUCCUAUCAAAGGAGCGCGAGGUCAUCGUCGAAGCCGCCGUGACUCCCGAAGAGCUUGGCGUGACUGGAGACGAUUAUGAGGACUCCUCCAAGGCCGCCUUCGAGAAGUUCGUGGCCGAUAUCAAGGUUUGUAAUGAGAAAACUUGGAGCAACAGAUGUCAGAACAAAAAAAAAAAAUCAGUAUGAGACUUUGAUGGAUGUCACUCAAAAUUCCUAUUUUCUUAAAAAAAUUUUUACUGUUCUUUGAACUUAUUCAGUUGAAAACCUUUUCAAAUGCUGAAAGAAGUUUUUCUCUCUUUGUGGUUUUGAAAAUUGCCAUAUAAGCUUUAAUCAAUUUGAUUCUUGUGUAAAUUCUGAUAAGAUCCAAUGAAAUGAUGCAUUCUAUGAAAAUUGUUUGAAAGGAAUUAUUAGUUUCAAUCAUCUUUUAAGAACCGUUUUGAAAGGGCUCUGCAACAGCCGAAGUAUUAAUAAUUCUAAAAUUUUUCUGUUUGAUCUUCAAGCAUGGAAUCUCAUUUUUCCACGCUGAUAUAAACAAGUAUUCCGGAAAAAUUCAAAAAAACGGUUUUUCGAAUAGUUCAAUUAAUAAAUAGAAUUCUUAAGAUGGUUUCGGAAAAAAAUUUUUCCCGAAAAAGAAGGAAAUAAAUGUUUUUGAAAUUUUAUAUAGAUAAUCAUUUGAUUUUUCCAUGUUUGAAGUUCCAUUCAUUCUCCUAGCAUCAAACAGUUUCAUAUCGUCGUAAAGUGUUACAGUAAUUUCAAAAAUUCUAGCCAUUUUUUUGUCUUACAUUUUUGGUGUUUUCAGCAGCGCACGGCCGACCUGACCGAUUGCCGUUAUGCCGUGUUCGACUUCAAGUUUACGUGCAGCCGCGUCGGCGCCGGAACCUCCAAGAUGGACAAGAUCGUCUUCCUUCAAAUGUAAUUCAUUUUUUUUUCGACUGUCAACAGUAAUAAAAUUCAUUUUCAGCUGCCCUGAUGGCGCCACGAUCAAGAAGAAGAUGGUGUACGCUUCGUCGGCUUCGGCCAUCAAGGCCUCACUUGGAACCGGCAAGAUUCUCCAGUUCCAGGUAUGUGUUUUUCUGUUUUUCAAUAGGUUCUCAGCGAUUAGGGAUGCUUUGAAAUCGAGUCAAAGGUUCUGAUUCCACAAAUUAACAUUUUUUGAAAACUUUUCAAAGCUUAUUAACUCUGAAGUUCAAAGUUAAGAAGCUCAUGAGUGAUUUCCGAAAUUUGAGCCGGAAAAAACAGCUCCAGAGCUUUUCUACUUGAAUGUGCACUUAAUUUCCAUUGAAAAUUGAACUGAAAACGGAACUUUUUAGAUUUUGUGAAGUCAGGUUCGAAGUUUCAGGACUUACUGCUCGGUUUCUUUACAUUUGAACUCUCAAUAGUCUCUUCAUAAACCUUGAGUAACCCUAAGAGGAACAGUGCUCUAAAUUUGAGAGAUAUUUUCACUUUUUGUCAUCAAAACGGUCAGCAAAAGACAAGUUUUUCUGAAUUAUUGCACGAAGUAGCCAGCAAGAAAGAACUUCCUGUUAUUCAGCUGUAAACCGGCAUUUUUCUAACCAGGGAACGUUUUUUACCUCCCGGUUGAACUUUUGCUGAAAUUUUGCUGAAGUGUACUUUAGGACCUCCUGAUUCUAGAACAAAAAAAAACAAUUUCUCGCAAUAGAUCUUCUUUACGAGUUAUGGAGCUUUAAAGUGUGCGAAAUACGCAAAUUAGGCCAAAAAAGCGCUAUUUCGGGCAUUUGAAGUGUCCUAACUCGAAAACGAGAUCUACUGCGAGAAAUUUUCUUCUUGUUCUAGAAUCAGGGAAUCCUAAAGUACACUUCAGCAAAGUUUAAGCAAAAGUUCAACCGUAAAAAACGUUCUCUAGUAAGCUGAAAUAUUAAAAAUGAAAUUCGAAAUUCACAUGUAAAUCCUUUGCAGAUCUCGGACGAAUCCGAGAUGUCUCACAAGGAGCUGCUGAGCAAGCUGACGGAGAAGUACGCCGACAACUAG